GCGGAUGUUCCCCCCCUUCAAGGUGCGAGUCAGCGGCCUGGACAAGAAGGCCAAGUACAUCCUGCUGAUGGACAUUGUGGCUGCUGAUGACUGCCGCUAUAAGUUUCACAACUCACGAUGGAUGGUGGCAGGCAAGGCCGACCCGGAGAUGCCCAAACGCAUGUACAUUCAUCCGGACAGUCCGGCCACGGGGGAGCAGUGGAUGGCCAAACCUGUAGCUUUUCACAAGCUGAAGCUGACCAACAACAUUUCUGACAAGCAUGGCUUUACCAUCCUGAACUCCAUGCAUAAGUACCAGCCACGCUUCCACAUCGUCCGAGCCAAUGACAUCCUGAAGCUCCCAUACAGCACCUUCCGCACCUAUGUCUUCCCAGAGACGGACUUCAUCGCUGUUACUGCCUACCAGAAUGACAAGAUUACACAGUUGAAGAUCGACAACAACCCGUUUGCCAAGGGCUUCCGGGACACCGGGAAUGGCCGUCGGGAGAAAAGGAAGCAGCUAACGCUGCCGACUCUCCGUUUGUAUGAGGAACACUGCAAACCGGAGCGUGACGGCGCCGAGUCCGACGCCUCGUCCUGCGACCCUCCGCCUGCACGUGAACCUCCGCCCUCUCCCAGUGCAGCGCCCAGUCCCCUGCCCCUGCACCGGGCCCGAGCGGCGGCAAUAGCGGAGGCGCCGGGCCUGGAACCGCGGCAGGGCUGGACGCAGGCGGGCUGGGUCCCGCAGCCAGCGCAGCAAGCACCGCGGCGCCCUUCCCGUUCCACCUCUCCCAGCACAUGCUGGCAUCUCAGGGAAUCCCAAUGCCCACUUUCGGAGGCCUCUUCCCCUACCCCUACACUUACAUGGCAGCAGCGGCCGCCGCUGCCUCCGCUUUACCUGCCACCAGUGCUGCAGCUGCCGCCGCCGCCGCCGCUGGUUCCCUAUCACGGAGCCCAUUCCUGGGCAGUGCCCGACCCCGCCUGCGCUUCAGCCCCUACCAGAUCCCGGUCACCAUCCCACCUAGCACUAGCCUCCUUACCACCGGGCUAGCUGCGGAGGGCUCCAAGGCUGCAGGCGGAAGUAGCCGUGAGCCCAGCCCACUGCCUGAGCUGGCUCUCCGAAAAGUGGGGGGCCCAUCCCGUGGGGCCCUAUCGCCCAGCGGCUCAGCCAAAGAGGCGGCCAGUGAACUGCAGAGCAUCCAGAGACUGGUGAGUGGGCUGGAGAGCCAGCGAGCCCUCUCCCCAGGCCGGGAGUCGCCCAAGUGAGGGGGCUGCUUGGCUGCUGCGCUGCCACACGAGCCUCCGGGGCUGGGCUGCCUGCCUCGGCUGCUUGGGACGUGUACAGCACAGAAUGGGUAUUUAUUUAAAUAAAAGAGCAAAAGCAGGCUUCAGCAGUCAGAAUAGAGCCUCGUGUGGCAGGUCGGGGAUCUGGGCCGCUUCCCUGGGACCUCAAGGAGGAACCAGUCUACCCGCAACACAGUCGCACUGGAGCCACUCACUGGAUUUGAUCCAGAUCUGAGAGUCAACUACAUGGUACCUCCUUCUUUCAACACUAUAGGGGUGGGCAUGGAGUCCCAAGUCUCUUCGGAAGCCAGAACGUGCAUAGGGUAGAGAGGUGUUCUCUUUGGAGAGUAUCCCACGAUCCCCGGCCUUGGGCCUGGACGUCGUGAGAAACUGGGAUGGAGGAUGCUGGAGCCAGAGAAGCCUGAAGUCAGUGUAGACUCGAGCUAGGAGUCCUGUCCAUUUGAUCUUCCCACCUCUACCCAACCAGAGACAGGCACCAUUCCUACUUCUGGGUCAGCGGAGGAAGUUGCACUUCUGCUUUGAGUCCCCAGGGGGCAAAAGAUAUUUAUGAAAUAAAUGGUAAUUUGUGUAAAUAAGCUUUAAGGUUCACAGAAGAUGCAAAUUCGUAUUAAUUUAUUCAAAGGUGUACAUUGCAGUGUACAUAUAUUUAGAGAUUAACUCAUAGCAUUUAAUUUUUUUUUCAUUUUACAUGAGCAUCUAUAUUGUACAGGGCCCCAGGAUCUUUGACUGCUGGGGAAGGGGGAGGCACUGAACCCCAGGGAAGGACCCCUCCGCGGGCCCCUCAGCCUCUGCGCCCCGGCUUUGCCCGCCCGGCCCACGGGCCCCACCUCAGGUUUUCACUUUUUGCUCCAGAGGGAGAACGAAGCGAGCGAAUAAUAAAACGCUGCGAUGCGAA